GAAAUCAAGCACUUGCCCAACACCAACAUUUCAGCUUUCACUCAUCCUCUCUUUAGCCGCAGCAGAAGCAGUACCUUACCUUUAGCCGCGUUUUUCAAAACUGGUUCGUUUUUUCCAAAUUUACUGUGAUGGGAAUUGAAAGAGGAGGCCUCAAGGGCUUUAGGACCGGCUGGACCGUACCGCCCAAGCCAUGUGAUUCUUGCAAGCUGGCUUCCGCGGCUCUCUUCUGCCGCCCCGAUUCUGCGUUUCUCUGCAUCGCUUGCGACUCCAAGAUUCACUGCGCCAAUAAGCUCGCUUCGCGCCACGAGCGCGUCUGGAUGUGUGAGGUCUGCGAGCAAGCACCCGCAGCUGUCACGUGCAAGGCAGACGCCGCAGCCCUCUGCGUCACGUGCGACUCUGACAUCCACUCCGCCAACCCCCUCGCUCGCCGCCACGAGCGCGUCCCCGUCGAGCCCUUCCUCGACUCCGCCGACUCCAUCGUCAAAGCCUCCGUCGCCGCCUCCUUCGGCUUCAUCGUCCCCUCCGAUGACGCCGUCGCUUCCGACGGCUUCGCCCACGACGACGCCGAUGCCGCGGCGUGGCUCAUUCCCAACCCAGAUUUCGGGUCCAAGCUCAUGGACGCUCCGGAUAUCAAGUCCAAGGAGCUUUUCUUCGCGGAAAUGGAUCCGUUUCUGGAUUUUGAUUACUCAAACUCCUUCCAGAACAACCACAACCACAACAGCGCCGGAAACGACAGCGUCGUUCCGGUUCAAACCAAACCCGCUCCUGCUCUGGCUCCUCUGAUAAAUCACCAAUCAGAGAGUUGCUUCGACAUCGAUUUUUGCAGAUCGAAGCUAUCUUCAUUUAACUACCCAUCGCAGUCUCUCAGCCAAAGCGUCUCGUCGUCUUCUCUUGAUGUUGGAGUGGUGCCAGACGGGAACACGGUGUCAGAGAUAUCGUACUCUAUGGGUCGUAACGGUUCGGAUGUAUCCGGCGGUAGCAGCGGGCAAGGGGCCACGCAGUUGUGUGGGAUGGAUCGAGAAGCAAGGGUGCUGAGAUACAGAGAGAAGAGGAAGAACAGAAAGUUCGAGAAGACCAUUCGAUACGCUUCGCGAAAGGCUUACGCAGAAACCCGGCCCAGGAUUAAGGGCCGGUUCGCAAAGCGAACCGAAAUUGACUCCGAUGUGGAGCGUCUCUAUAGCCCUGCCGCCGCCGCCGCCGCUCUCAUGCUCGACACUCCGUACGGCGUGGUGCCAUCGUUUUAGGAGUAAACAACGGGGGAGUGGGAGGGUGCAUGAACCUCGCGCGCUCUCUCUCUCUCUCUCCUUCUAGUAUUAGAAUAAUGAGUAGUGAUUCUGUGGGAACCGUUGAUUAUUAGGAAAAAGGGGAUGAAUCGGUGCGAACGUGAUGCUUACCUGUAGCGGCGGAGCACGAUGCAGCAGCGUGUUAUGGAGCUGAAGAUUUGUCUCCGCCAGAAAAAGCCCGUUUACUUUUUUUUUUAAGAAAAGAACUUUAAUGGGCUUGAUAAUUCACCUCGUGUAGAAUUAGAAUCUGUACUGUAAACUCUCUUUUCACUGCCUGCUGUCUUUUUUUAAGUAUAAAAGUGUCUUUUAUAUUGAAUCGGA